GUCAGCGUAAGAGCUUCAUAAGCGCGCACCCUGCUUCACGCGCGUCACAUUACUAUGUGUAAACGGCUCCGAAAACAUUCACGUGAGCACAACAUAACAACAACGAGACGUUACUUUGAGACACAAGCACAGCGUUUAUUCCGGUAGCUAGGUCGAGUUUUGCGUUUGAGUAAGGGACGGUUAAUAUAUUUUGGCACCGCAUGAACAGGCUGAUUCUUUCUGGACCCUUCGCUCAUCUUGGCCGGAGAUGGGAGUUCUGCUGUACUGGCCGAAUAUUAUAGGAUACAUCAGGAUUAGCCUUGUGUUUGCAGCAUGGGCUGUUUAUGAGAGGCCAGCAUUGUUUGUCCCUCUGUACUCCGUCUUCGCAGCCCUUGAUGGAUUGGAUGGCUGGUUGGCGAGGAAAUUUGGUCAGACCUCCAGAUUUGGGGCGUGGAUGGACGUAGUGGUGGACAACCUGGGCAGAAGCAUGCUGUGGAAUCAGCUGUUUGAGUGGGGCUGGCUGGUUUCCUCACUGGAGUGGUGUGUGUUUGUGUGUAACCACAACACCAGAGGUGACCAGUGGAAGCACAGCUUCGCCGGCAGUCCUCGCCUCAUACGGGCCAUCAUGGCAAACGGGUUUCAGACCCCUCUUGGCGUGUGGGUGGUGAGCGGGCUGCACGUCCUCCCCGUGUGGAUGUAUUUAUCUCAGAGGGGUCUCCUGUCCAGCUGGUUGGAUUGGCCUCUUUUGAUCCAGGUUACGGGGACACUGCUGCUGGUUGUGGGGCGCCUGUUUGCGUUGGCAGCUGAGAUGUGGUGUAUAUGGACACAUGUUACAUACCUCAUCUGCGAUGAGCCUGUCGAGAAAAAGAACUGAUUUAAAAAAUGUUUUUUUUACCAUUUCAUAGUUUUGCUUGGGGCGCUUCUGCAGAUGUGUUACAUUGAUACAGCUACUGUCAGUUGAAGGGAACAUGUAGCUUUUUUAGCUUCAGGAAAGACGUUUUUGCACAGCACUGUUAGGAGACUGGAACAUUGAAUACAAAUUUCCAGUAGAGAGCCGGUCUAUUCCAGAGUAAAUAAUAUAACCUACUAAAGUGAAAGCUUUAUGGUGAAGUACAGUAGAAAAUGCCACACAUAAAUCUUGUUAAGAGGUUUUAGCUGUACGCAACAUCAAAAUAUUUUAAAGGUGACAAUGCAUUUUGUUCAGUUAGCUAUCGUAUUUAAGUCUGAUGUACCAGACACGUCAAUAAAAAAUUUAUUUUUCAA